AUGCUCCGGCCUUUGGGCGACAAUAAACUCAACGUGCUUCUGCGCCCCGACGACGAUACAGACCCAUACCGAAUUUCCGCCGCCAAGCAGCAGCUGGGGCAGUGGCGACAGUUGAAGGACGGCUUAUCGGUCUUGUUUGAUAUAUGGCCGUCAAGUUUUGAAGCGCGGCUCCACCAUGACAAGAUAGACUUCGAGAAGUGGCAUAUCUAUUUUCGGCACGUGGAAACAUUCGAGAUCCUGGACUACCCUCAAAAUUGGGUAGCGAUGCUCAAGUGGAUUUGGAACUACGGGUAUGAACGUCAAUUGACCAAAGUCAAGAGCGGUUCCAUGCUUCCACUACUGGAUGUUGAGACGUACAAUGCGAUUGCGCAAGACAACAGUGAUGCGGGUUGCAGUGGAAUAAGAAGAGCUAAAGCUAGUUUUGAGGACAAGAACCUGGCGUUAGGCGUGUAUUAUAUGCUUGAAGGAUUUCAAUUCCGCAUGCCACUGCUACAUAGGGACACGAACCUGGAGAAGUGGCAUGUUGAUUUCAAGGGAACCCCCUUCAGAAGCCUCCGGAUACAACCAACUACCGAUCACGGUAUCGUCGCCAUGUAUGCAUUCGAUCAGAAGAUUGGAUCCUUCAAGAUUCUAGAUUUCCCUGCUCGCGGCCCUUAUGUCGGCGAUUUGGUUUCGCGGCAGCGAAUGAUUGCGUGGAUUUGGGAUUACGGUAACAAGCGCCUAGAGGGCCGAGUGAAAUCCAAAGCAGCGCAACGCUCCCAACCCAAAGCACCCACGAAAACUCACGCCAAAGUCAGACGAACAGAGAAGCCCCUGCUCCAUAGAGUACUACACACAGCUAGUUUCAAGGCACAACGUGGAGCGAGCUCGAAUAUCCAAGGCACGAGGACCGUACCCAAAAAAGGGGAUAUCACCAUGGAAGACGUCGGUGCUGGUGCCCAUAGAGAGAAUGUGGAGCCUUCCGCUCGAAAGGCACCACUUCGCGUCGCUGACCCAAAUGCUCAGCUGGGAAUGGCAUGGCAGACAAAGGGCCGGGGACAUUUCAGGAGACAGCAAUACUUGAGGUCGAUAAUAUCGAAAUUGAGCGAUUGGGCAUAA